UCAACUUCCUCACCAAGAAGAAAAGCUCAAUCUAAUAAAUCUCGUACUGGUACUAUUAUUUGUGUGAUGGACAAGACCUUCUGCUAUUCAACUUCUACCGGCUCAAAACUUUCACUUGGACACUUUGGCUUUCUUUCUAUGGUAUUAGUGAUGACUCUGGUAGCAGCCCUCCGUUAGUAACAAGAAAACUACUAUGAUCAGGAGUUAAAGAGAAAAAAAUAUGCCUUUAAGGAGAGGGAAAUAUUUACAUAUAUGUACACAGCAAUUAAAUGAUAUAUAUUUUCCUAAGAGUAAACCAAUACCUCUUUGACUAAGUUUGUUUAAAAAUCAUUAAAUAUAAGCUUUGUACGUCAAAAAAAUUAUCAAUUUAAGCCUGUGAAGACCUUAGAUCAUUAUGAUGACCUUCCGCAUGUUGGUUCCUAUCUCGCAGACGCUGCUCUGCUAAUCUCAAGCCAGAUAGUAUAAAAAGGCAAACGAAUUUUUGGCAUAGCACAGUUCUUCGAAAUACUUCCUCGAAACAUAAUCAAAAAUCGUGCACAAAAGAACAUCAAGUAGAUUAAAGUAAAUAAUAUUAUUUUGAAAACAAUUUUUACGACUUCCGAAACAAAAGUUCUUACUAAUCAGUAUGUACCAAUUCCACUGGCGGCUCAAUGGCAUCCUGCUGAUCGUGGUGAUGCUAUUGGCUCUGAAUAUGAGGGAUGCAUUGGGAAAGUCCAGUAGCAGCAGUCGAAGUAGCAGUAAUUCCAGGUCAAGCUUCGGUUCCAGCUCCCGUUCCAGCUCUAGUUCCAGUGGAUGGUUCUCUUCACGCUCUUCAUCGAACUCACGACCAUCCUAUAAUAUACCCUCCUACACUCCUCCCAAGAAGCCACGUUACAGGCCCUGGCCAAGCUCUAGUUAUGGAAGUUCAUACGCCAGAUCUAGCUAUAGCUCCGACGAAUCCACGGAAAAGUUUAUCUGCGGCACUGACAUAAAGUAUUUGUGCAAUGGAGCCACCCAUUUUCACACACUCCUGCAUGGGUCCAUAUUCCUAGUUCCCGCUGUUUUAUAUUUAUACUCCCAUUUAUUCUAAACAACUUAGAAUUAAUUUGGUUUAAUUAUUUGAAGGUUGAAUACUUAUAUAAACUGACCUUCAACUUGUUAAAUAUCUUCCUUCAAAUAUCUUCUUUACAUGGUCAUUAAUAUUUGUAGUUUCCUUACGUGUUAUAAUUAGUUAUAGGACAUUAUUAUUAAAUAAAAAAUUAUAUUUUUAACCAAAUCCUAAGUUGCUGCCAGCUAACCUGGCAACCCUAAA